AUGGCCCCUUUGCAACUCCCGUCCCUUUGUCUCCAGUGGUGCGAACAGGAUCCCAGAUGUCGUCGCUUGCAACUGACCGACCUACUCGUAGCUCCAAUGCAACACUAUAUGAAAAUUCCCCUAUUGCUGGCCAGCAUACGUCGAUACACGGCCGAAGUGAAUGAGCAAGAAGUGCUCACAUCCUGUUUGAACAAAGUGGAGAACUCGUUAAAAUCGCUGGAAGAUAAAAUGCGAUGGCUGAAAAAUUUCGAACGGCUCCAGGAAAUCCAGUCGCAAUUGAUCUGGCCAUCCAUAUCGGAAAUGGAACCGCGGGUGUUCAUACCGGAAUUUCUACGGCAGAGUUUAUGUAGACAACCGUGCGAGCGACUGAUAGCGAAUCCAAAACGGCAACUACUGCACGAGGGAUUCCUCACAUUUAGCGAUGGCAGUAAAAUUGUGGAAAUAUUCGCCUUCCUUUUCGACGAUUUCUUCCUCAUAACUCGAAUCAAGAAACAACCGAAAAAGAAAUCUUUCUCCGAAAACACUUUGAACAGUCGCAGCCUGACCGAGGGUGGCAUUUUCGUGGUCUAUCGACAAGCGAUUGCACUGGAUAGAUUCACAAUUCACGACCUGGGACUGGCAGAAGCCAAUGUUCCAGAUGUAUACAAUGAACUGCGUGAUUUAUUUUCUAUAUCAAAUUAUGAAAUUGUUCUGGCCGCCGACCGCGGACUAUAUGCCUGA